UGAUUUUGGGCAAGUAAUCGGACUAACACUCUCCUGCUCUGAUUUCAACCUCCAUUGAUGAGCUUCUACCCAUCUUCUCCAUUUGUUGAAACUGAACUUGAGUGAACACAUGGAGGACAAGUGUGCAAUCAAGACUGAUUCCACUGAACUAAUAGGCAAUACCCCCAUGGUGUAUCUCAACAAAAUUGUAGAUGGCUGCUUUGCCAAGAUUGCUGCUAAACUAGAGUCAAUGGAGCCUUGCUCGAGUGUCAAAGACCGAAUCGCCCUCAGUAUGAUACAAGACGCGGAGGAUAAGGGCCUCAUAUCACCAGGGAAGAGUGUACUUAUCGAGACUACAGCGGGAAACACCGGCAUUGGACUGGCAUGGAUUGCAGCAAUCAAGGGGUACAGACUCAUUCUCAUAAUGCCAGCUUUCUUCAGCAUGGAGAGAAGAAUUCUGCUACUCAGUUUUGGAGCCGAGUUGCAUAUCACCAACCCAGAAAUGAGUAUUGAUGCAGUUAUAAAGAUGGCUGAGGAUCUUGAAAAAUCCACACCCAAUGGAUAUUUUCUGAGGCAGUUUGACAAUCCUGCCAAUGCAAAGAUUCACUACGAAACGACUGGGGUGGAGAUAUGGAAAGAUUCAAAUGGAAAAAUCGACGCGCUCGUGGCUGGGAUUGGGACAGGGGGGACACUAACUGGUGCAGGGAAGUUCCUUAAGGAGCAGAACUCAAAAAUCAAGGUAUAUGGAAUAGAACCAGUUGAAAGUGCAGUGUUGAGCGGAGGACAACCCGGUCACCAUCUCAUACAAGGAAUUGGUGCUGGUUUCAUCCCGUCGAUUCUCGACAUCAAAUUGAUCGACGAGGUUAUUCAGAUAUCAAGUGAGGAAGCCAUUAAAACUGCAAAGCUACUUGCUUCAAAAGAAGGCCUUUUGGUCGGCUUUUCGUCCGGUGCUGCUGCAGCUGCUGCAAUCAAGAUCGCAAAGCGACCCGAAAAUGAAGGAAAACUGAUUGUUGUGAUCUUUCCGAGCUUCGGCGAGCGGUAUCUAUCGAGUUCACUCUUCGACUCAGCUAGGCAGGAGGCAGUAAACAUGGCAUACAGUUAAACACACAAAGAAAUCAGGAAACUAUUUAUUAUUUGCUGACUAGAUUUCAAGGUAGAAUAAGUUAAAGAACAUAAGCUUCCUGUUUGCAGACGAGACAAAGUGGACAAUGUUAUGUACAUUUUCAUUGUUUGUUCAUGCAUAACACUGGAAAGAACAAAAUGCUAUUCGAGGUUAUUGA